AUCGACAGAAGGGAGGCAGGAAGCUGACGGGCAGCAACGAUGCGGACGCUGUGCUUUUUCUGGUCUCUGGCAGUGUGGCUGGGUUCUGGAGAAUCCCAGACUGUGACUCAGACUCCGAUCGUGUCGGUGAGUCCAGGAGCCACGGCCAUGCUGAAUUGUUACAUCGGAACAAAGGAUAACAAUUAUGUAAGUUGGUACAAGGAGGCACCAGGAACAGCUCCACAAUGGAUCUUAUACUACCAUCACUCGCUCAGCGGCCCGACCAACGCGCCUGGGUUCAGCAGCGACCGUUUCACAUCGACAUUCAACAGCGCCGGCACCAUUUACCAGUUGAUCAUUAAAAACGUGGAGCUAAGUGACGCUGCGGUCUAUUACUGCGGAAAAUGGUUUUCAACGGGGGUGUUCGGCCCAGGGUCCAAGCUCUUUGUUACAGAUCGGCAAUUCCCAGACCCUUCAGUGAAACUACUUGGCCCGUCAGCCGAGCAGAUCUCCACUAAAGGAGCGGGCACCUUAGUUUGCCUGGUCAGUAAAUUGUCGAUGGGCUUCCCUGUCGUCUCCUGGGCAGUGAACGACAGUCCGACGAGCAGUGAGGUGCAAACCAGCGGGGUGACUCAGAACGCGGACAAAACCUUCAGUCUCAGCAGCUACCUGACGGUGCCCAGCGCAGACUGGAGCAGUGGGAAGAGGUACUCCUGCUCAGUUCAACAAGGAGCAGCCUCGACAAUAUCCGCAACAGUCACAAAAUCCAGCUGUUAAACACAGCGCGGUUUCGGCCUUGUUUGUUCCCGGAUUAACGGGAGAUCACCGCUUUAUAUCUUUCACCUCUACCACUCUUACUCGCUCAUCCCGGUACUUCCCUUCUGUUCCGCUCUCUGUAGUUUCCACUGUGAUGUUGGAUUAUUUGUACCCUCGGCUGCUUUUGAUCUUGCUCUGACUGAGAGGCUAUACUGUGUUAAAGUGGACUUGUCUUCUGAAAAUUUCAGCCGGUAUUUGGUUUCUCUUCCAUCGGUGUUCGAUUAAUUAGAAUGAUUGAUAAAUGUUUUUGUGAUUCAGCAUCAGGAUCAGACUGACAGAC